AUGUUCUACAACUACGCCUUGUGGCUACUCAUGUGUCCGUCCUCUGUGCGUCUGCGCGAGAGCGGCGAGCGCCAUCUGUUCCAUCUGAGCUCCGCGCGGUAUCCCGCGAGGGAGGGAACCGCGGUACAGGGCGUCGUCCCGCCUGAGGCGGGCGAUGUGGCGACGGGCAUGAGCGGGGAGGUGGGAAGCGGAGCGUAUCUGCUGGACUGGAAGGGGGGGAUUCUCGGCCAAGGAGGACGGUUCUCGCGCAGUAUCAGGAACAGGGGACGCCGGAAUUGGUUUAGAGGCAUACGGUGA